AUGGAUCAUUCCAAGCAGACCCAAGAACUUAUUCUGGCUCAGACACAUCAGACAUCUGCUCGGAUACUCACGUUGAAUCGUCCAAACAAGCGAAAUGCUUUGUGUCAGACCCUUAUCGACGAGCUUUUGUGGCAGCUAGAGAUUGCCUCGGCUGAUCCGCACAUCCGAUCCAUCGUCAUAACUGGUUCGGGCGCCAUGUUUUCUGCUGGUGCCGACAUUAAAGAGAUUGCUCAAUUUAAUGGCGAAACUGCUCGUCAGAAACGGUAUCUUGAAGAUUUCUGUCAUGGAAUGAAAAAGGUCCGCAAGCCGAUUAUUGCGGCGAUUGAGGGUAAAGCACUUGGAGGUGGUUUUGAGCUUGCCUUGAUGGCGGACUUUAUCGUUGCCACGCCAGACGUGGAGUUCCGACUUCCUGAAAUAUCAAUUGGCCUGAUCCCUGGUGCUGGAGGACUAGUUAGCAGACUGGCGGAGCCUGGAAAGGCUUUGUCUGGGGCGUUGGAGAUUGCAGAGAAGCUGGCAACUCACAGUGCAUCGACCUUGAUGCUGUCAAAGGAGGCAAUAUGCAGAGCGGACGAAUUGCAGCAUGACCAUGACUUUGAGCGGUCACUUUAUUAUUCCGCAUUCGGGACCCGCGAUAUGAUUGAGGGGGUCGGUGCAUUUCUCGAGAAGCGGGCACCUGUAUGGAGAACGCCAUCUUGA